AGACGCAAAUGUGAUUUACUCGACAUUCGUAAUACGGUGCACGUGUGACGUUGCAGUUUUGGUGACCAAGUAUCUGAACAUAUGUUUAUAUUUGAAUUGGGAUGAUCCAUGUUUUUUUACACCGAUACAACAACGUCGUGAUAAUCAGCAGGACAAGCUUUGUGGUCGUUAGAUUGAUGAGAGACUCCAAAUGAAAUUUGAAGCUGUAAAUUGUAUCCAGUAUCGUUUGAAGCGCGGCCUGCCAGCGAUGUUACGCGCACAUUUGCGUGCACAGGAGCGCCGCUCAAUCUCAUGCUCAAGGCGAAUGUCCAUAUGUUUGCAUGUUGCUCCAGCUGCUGCAGUAUUUCUCUGUCCAGGCCGUUGGCCUUUAUGAUUUCAGGUUUUCUUGACAGAUCAAGACCAAGUGUGUGCUUUGUGAUCAAAAUUGAAUGCAAAAUGUGUUUUUUGUCAGCAGCUCAGCAAAAGUGGAGUCGCGCAGGCCCGCUUUGAAAAAAAUGGUUCACUUCUGGAUCUGUUGUUUGGAGUUCCUUUUGUUGCUCAACAAUUUAACCUUCGCACUGGCUUGAGUGUUUGCCUCCCCGGGCGCACAUUUGCCAGGCAAAUGGUCACUGUGGCGCAGCAGCUUACACAUUUGUUCUUCUUUUUUCUUCCCAGGGCAAUUAAAUCUAAAAUAAGUGCUACUAUGGCUCCGUACUCUCCCUCCCGCUCCAACUCCAGGUCUAAGUCCAGGUCUCGAUCUUUAACGAGAUCUCAGUCGAGAAGCCGCUCGCGCUCAAGAUCCAGAAAACGUCGCUACAGCUCCAGGUCCCGAUCCCGCUCUCGCUCCCGCACUCCCAUGUCCUACCGAAACUAUCCCUCCCGAGACUAUCAGAACAACCGGGGCUACAACCGCGGCUACAACCGCGGCUAUCGGAGGCCCUUCCACUUCCGCGGACGAAAUCGAGGCUACUACCCUCGCGGUCACUAUCAGAACAGGGGAGGCGGCUACGGCUACAAGUCUAACUGGCAAGGCGGCGGCGGGGGAGGCGGCGGCUGGCACGACCGCAAGCGUGACCAGGACAACCGCUCGCACAGCCCCCGCAGGGGGCGCUCCCGCUCCCACACGCCAAACAAGCGAUCGGCCAGCCGCUCGCACUCCCGUCACUCGGACCGCUCGUCGUCCGAGCAGUCUCACCGUUCCAGGGCCUCCAGCUCCUCCCGGUCACGCUCCUCCACGCCGUGCCCUCGCAACAAGGGCAAACCCAGCUCCAAGAUUACGAAGGAGAAGCAAGGCGAGGGCCAAGCGGAGAAGCCGGCGGGGGAAGGCAGCGUGAUCGAGAAGGCCUCCGGAGGCAAAUGGAUCGACUACGACACGGGCCGAGCCGGCUCGGAGACGGCCCAGAAGGACGAAGCCGCGGCCGGCGACGCCACGCCCAAGUCGGGACAAACGGCCUCCUUCGGCGGCUUCGGCUUCUUCUCCAAGGAGGACGCCAAAUCCGGAGAAAAGACGGUGAUCUCGGCUGCCUUCAAAAAGUUCCUGGCGGAAAACAAAAGCAAAAAGCAGGCCGCCGAAAAGGACGACGGUAACGAUAGCGAGAAGAGCAGCGCCGAGCGAGAGCAAGAGAAGGGCAUCAAGUCGGGCGACAUCUUCAGCCUCUCCGUUCCUUUCGGCGACCCCAAGGACGACAAGACCUUGCCGUUCUUCGACGAGGAGGAGGAGGAGUUCCUCAAGUCGCACGGCUUGAAAGACCGGGACGCCGACGAGGACGGCGCGGGCAAAUCCAACCCGAGCUCUCGCGAUAUAUUCGGCAAGUGGGGCGACGAGCCCGCCUAUUCCACCUCCUACCCGCUGCCCAAGGAGAAAAGCCGCCGGGACGAGGAUGCGGAGGCCCUGGAUAAAAUGGUGGAGGAGAUGUACCAGAGCCGCAAGCACAGCAAGAAGGAGGAGAAGGCCAAGAAGAAGGAGAAGAAAGACAAGGAGAAGGAGAAGAGCAAACGCAGCCCCUCCCCGGCCGUCGCCUCCAAAGGCAAGGACAGGCCGCUCUUCCCCGGGGCCUUCCCUUGCGAGGAUUCUCCCGUCCGUCUGGCGUCAUCCAGAGAGGACUUUGAACUGAGAGUGUCGUCUUUGGACGACAUGCCCAGCUCCUCCAUGUCUAAGAGUCGAUUCACGGCCAGAGAUCUGGCGAAUCCCUCGAAGAAAGACCCGGAGUUCCGUUCAAUCUUCCAGAAUAUUCAGUCCGCCCAGCUUCGCAGCAGCCCCACCGAGCUGUUCGCGCAACACGUCGUGUCCAUCGUGCAUUACAUCAAAGCUCAGCACUUCACUUCCUCAGACAUGUCUUUAAGUGAGCGAUUCGCCAUGUACCAAAGGAAAGCUGCCGAGGUAGAAAUGAAGCCAAGGAAGAGCCCCGAAAUCCACAGGAGAAUUGAUGUUUCCCCCAGUGCCUUUAAGAGGCACUCUCAUCUGUUUGAGGAUGUGGACGAGGCGAGUUUCAAGGAUUCAAGCAAAAAGUUCAAAGGCGACACGAUGGACCUUCGCCUGGACAUUGAAAGGCGUAAGAGGUUUGCCGGGAAGGACUACAGGCGCGAGGCGGGCCGGAGCCCCGGAGGCUCCCAAGAGAGGUCCUCUGAGAAAUCUGGCAAGCACCACAAGAAGUCCAAGAAAGGAAAGAAGAAGCGUGAUCGCUCGCCGUCCUCUUCUUCGUCCUCGUCCUCACCCUCACCGACGCCAACGCCUUUCCCCUCGGCCCCGCCGCCUUUCCGGGGCAAGGAGUAUAUGGGAGACGGGCCCGAUCAUUUUGAGGAGGGCUUCUCUCACACGCGCUACCCACCGCGCGACUACGGGGACCGCGGGCACCCCCGGGAUUUUGAGGGCCAGCACAUGGAGGGCCAGAGAGGCAGAGGCCGCGGAUUCUUCCCCAGAAUGAGAGGACGAGGAUGGAACAGGGGCAAUUACCCCGGCAACAACAGCAGCAAUGGCAACCCCGCCAACAUGAAUCCUCAAGGGCGCCCCCCAGAGGAGGAAUGGGAUCCCGAGUACACGCCCAAGAGCAGGAAGUAUUACUUGAGGCCAACGCGUGCACAGCAGGAACAGCCGCAUGACGACCGCGACGGCGAGAAAACCUGGGUGGAUAACCGCGGGCGGGGCCGGGGGUCCUUCAUGCCCCGCCGGGGACGCUUCGUGUACCGCAAGGGAGGCAGCAGCCCCAAAUGGACCCACGACAUGUUCCAGAACGCCGAGCAGCCCGAGAUGGGAGACGACAACGUCGAUGCGGAGCAUAAAGACGGGAAGAAUGCCGACGAAGGCCUGAAACCAUAAACGACCGCUCGGUGCGUCCAUGAGUCGACUCGCUUGUAAAAUUUUUUUUUUUUUUUCUUCUUCUUCCCCUCCUCCUGUAUCUAUCCUCGCACCUCAUUUAAAUCUCACGAUAGCUCGAGUGAGGAAGUUGGUUUAAAGGUUUUUAUGUCAUCUGUCCGAUGAAUACAUGGUUGAUUGUUAAAUCACACUGAGGCAUCAUUAUAUUCAAUAAACACGAGAAAAAAUAUAUAUAAAAAUAUUUGUGCCUUAGAUGAUUUAAAAAAAAAAUACAGUUCCAUGUAGAAGUGUUUUUUGAAGCGGAGAAACCUGCCCGUUUUCUCGUACUUUUUUUUUACUUACUUUUUUUUUUUUGGCCCGAUGACGUAUUGAUGUUAAAAUUGCAUGAACAAUGCUUCUCCCCACGGGACCAAUCGAUAAUUAAUCCUUGCCACCAUUUGGAUUCCCCCCCCCCCCCCCCCAAAAAAAAAAAUUAGCACCAGUUCUUCUGUGAUUAUCAGCAACAUAUGUGUUUUCAUGUAAAAGGUCCACUGGGAAAUAACUUGCUUUUGCUUUCAGAAAAAAAAAAUGUAUACUAGCUAUGUAGGUUUACACGUGUCUCUGGUCGUUUGAACGAAGUGGAUCCGUUUUUCUUAUUUGUAGUUUUGAUUGGCAACCAAAGUUGCGUUACUGUGUACCCAUUUACAAACUCGAAAUCGUUGUGAACUUUUUGCGGUCAGCAAGAUGAUCGAUCGUUUUAAGUGUCAGUUUCGACUCGUCCUAAAAGCGGACGUGAAAAAGAAGAGGCGAAAUGUUUUAAGAACUACUUUCGAGCUGAUUGUCCAUACUGCAUGUAGACGACGCAACGGUGUGAUUGCGGGUUUUUUUUUCUUCUGAGUAGUAGGAAGCUGACAACUUUUAUAUCGUUUGAAGAGCUGUCAUGUUUUGUCUUUUAAUUUUCAAUAAAUGUCCUUUUCUUUGAUUUAGGAAA